GUCACCGCCAUGAUUGGCCAAUCCCUGUUAUUUUUCAAAUGGAGUGGCGGUGCUUCAUGCCGUACACCUGAUGUGCAAUUAAGUCUUUGUCUUCCAGUCCUCCAGGCUGUAAACCUUCAUAACAGGAUGCAAUCAUAGCAGCAGGCACAUGUCUUCAUAGAUGAACGAGGGUCGAGUGUCUGGAAGGCUGCUAGGGAGAAGUUGGUGGACUGGAUAGGUUGCUUAGUCAAGGGAACACGAAAGAUUUGAGCCGAGUCUUGCUGCUUAGUUUUUCAUAUUGAUGAAAGUGACAAUUAUCAACAAUUUUACCAAGAAACUUAUGCUGUUCGUCGUAAUUCUGUAAUUUCUACCAUGUGUGAUAGAUUGGAGAAACCGCUGCCGUUGUCCGAGAGUCAAAAUAUACCGCAUCAACACAAAGGCAAGGGAUCUACAGUAAAAGAAAAGAAAUUUUUAACACUGCAGCUAUCAAAAUCAUGUGUGAACAGUUUUUCGCCACAAUUUGCUGAAAGUCAUAGCAAUAUCAUGUUCUCUCCAGUGACAGAUCUAGCUUUGAAUCUGCAUGAACUGACAACAGCAAGUCUUUGUGGCACACCUAAGCGGAGAUUAUCAUUAUCAAGCACCGGAACUCCUACUCCUCCUCCUGUGAGACCAUUAUUUAGACAGCUUUCAUCAGUAGAUGGAGGUUGUUUCGUAGAUUCUCCAAGUCCUUUAGAUUCUCCUACAUAUGAACAGAGAUUUGAAAGUGUCUUUGAAAGUCUAGAGAGGGACCAAAAUCUAAGGUCCUCACGAGAGGGGAGUGCUUUCAAGAGAUAUUCAUCUGUACCUACUAACCUAUCAGAACUGCAAGGCUCAUGUAGUCCUUCAUUUGAGAACCUGGGCUUUCCUAAAGGCAGCAUCACAAGGACAGUUAAGUCUCCCAACUCUGACCUUGCAUCCAGUUUUGGAGGAGGUGUGGAUGACCAAGAUGGGGGAUCUCAGGACAGUGGGGUUGGACAGGAACCUGAUGACUUCAAAUUCAUCAAGCCAAUCGAUUUGGCACCUAGGAGUCGCUACAGACACAUAAGUGAGGAAACUUGUUCACCCAAGAAAUAUUCCCCUGUAAAGCAGUCUCCUGGAAAGACAAUACAGCAGAACUCGUUUGGUCAGGAUAGCUCUCCUGCUAAAUGUAGAAGACCCACUUCAGCUCCUGCUGGAACAAUUACUUUUAACUUAAAAGUGCCAUCCCCUAUUCAAGAAGCAGACAGCCCUGGUCUAUUGACCAGCUCACUGACUAGCAGCAUGCAUGAAGAUGAUGAGGACGAUGGCUUCUUAGAGCAAUUGGACAUAGACAGGGAACAGACUUCAUUGCCUAGCAGUAUGUCUGGUUUACUAACUGCUCCCAUUACUGUGGCAAAUGAUGAAAAAGAAAAGGAGAAUAUUACAGUGAACAAUAGAAUAUGGAGGACAUGUACCAGACCUCGAGGCUUGUUUAGAUCUCCAAGUGCACCGAAGCUGGGCAGAUCACAGUCUUUUGAUGUAAGAUCAAGACCUUUCUCAUACAAGAGAUCUGAACCACCCAGAGAAAACACGACACCCGUGUCCAACAAGCGAAGAAAGAGUGUCGUGGAGUAUGACACAUGUUCAAAUCCAGAAACAGAGAUUGCUCCUGCAAGGCGGAUGCAUAGGUGCCAUUCUGAAACAGAAGCUAUGAUCAAAAGUGCAUUGAAUAAAGGUGACAGUGAGCAGGACCUCAUUGGGGAUUUUUCAAAGGAUUAUUGCCUACCACUUAUUAGAGGAAAGCACCAAGAUCUCAAGGCUAUCACACCAAAUACAUUGGAGAAAUUGAUCAAUGGAGAAUAUGACCAAGUUGUUGAAGAGUACACAAUAAUCGACUGUCGAUAUCCAUACGAGUAUGAAGGUGGUCAUAUCAAAAAUGCAAAAAAUAUAUACACAAAAGAAGGUAUAAUGAAAGAAUUCUUGGAGACUCCACCAAAAGAGAAGAACAGUUCUAAGAGGACAGUUCUCAUUUUUCACUGUGAAUUUUCAUCAGAGAGAGCUCCAAACUUGAGUCGCUUUUUACGGAACAAGGACAGAGAUUCAAACAAGGAUUGUUAUCCAGCACUACAUUAUCCAGAGAUUUAUCUUUUGGAAGGUGGAUAUAAGGCUCUGUACUGUGAAAAUAAGGACCUUUGUGAGCCUCCAGAAUACAAACCAAUGCUUCAUGUUGACCAUGCUCAAGAUCUCAAGCAUUUCCGUACCAAGUCUAAGUCUUGGGCUGCAGGCGAUCGUAAUAGCAGACUAGGAUUAAGGACAGGGUCUUUAUUUAAAGACUGUAACUGAAAUUGCUGACUUCUAAUUGUUGUAUAGAUGAAAUAUUUAUAGGUUAUUUGAUUUAUCAGUGAAAUGCCAUGUACCUUUCUUCCUAAAAGUCCUUUUAUAGAGAUGUUAUGAAUGAGUGUUAUGUUUUAUGUUUAUGUGUAUUUAUGAAUGUGUAGGUAAAUGUGACAUCGCUUGUGUAUGUGUGUGUGAUAGUAUUUGUACAUACUUUGGUAGAACUGGCAUUCUCCAUUUGUAUACAUAUAUGUGAUUGGCUCCAUGUAAAUGUACAUGUUCAGUAUGAAAAGAAUACUUUAUGACUAAUAUCUAGUAUUGUAGAGAAAAUAUUUAGACAUCCAUGGUAGCUAAGAAUGCAUUAGUGUAUGUAGUAUGUUGGGAAAAGACAAACAGAUAGAAAGGCAAGUUGUGAAAUUGCUUAAGGGGUCUUACCUUAGGUAAAAGCUUUAUUAUUAUUGUUACAAUUCUUUUAAAGAAACAAUUUGAGUCUUUUUUAUAAUUAGCAUCUGAAGUAAAGUAAAGCACACAUUAUGAAAUAAGUUUGAAGUAAAUUAAUUGUUUUACCAUUGUUUUGUUUUACCAACUUAUCAAGUAAGAACUGUCUUCAUUGAAAUCACCAAGUCACUAUGUGUUAUAAUUAACAACACUGUUCUUUUGCAAUAACUUUAUUGUCAUAACUUUUUUACAAUUUUAAUGACAUUUUAUUAUUAUUUUUAAUUAAUUUUUUUUUCAACAAAUGGCCCUAGGAAUUUUGGUUGAAAGUAAAGAUGUUAAAACAAAACUUAUGAACUGGCAUUAUUAUUUUGUUUUAAUAUUUUGUAUCUUGAAAAUAUAUGCAAGUGCAUUGAUUAUUAACUACUGUGGCUUGACAAAUGUGAAAUAGUACAAGUUGCAAUUUAACAUAAUAGCCUGAUCGGUUUUGGUUUUGAUGUAAAUUUUGAUUUUGAAUCGACCUUCCAAAAUAAUAUUUUUACUGUUGGUCAAGUCUCAUGGAGAAAAUUUGCAGUAUAUAGUAUCAACAUUCUUGAUAGUGUAUAUAGACAGAAGAAAUAUUCAAAGAUGUUGGUUCAGGGCUUUUGUUACCAGGGUUGUUUUAAUUUUUUAUUUACCAUGUGUUUGUUUAUUUAUUUAUUCAUUCUACCUUAGGCCCCAAUGUUAAUUUUUUCAUUGUAUUUUAUGUUGUCACUUAUAUAAAGAGAAUGGUGCAUAAAAAACUUGACUUGCAAUUUUGUAAAUGAAUGUUUACAAAUCAUUUCUCUGACCUGUAGCUCUGAUUAUCUGACAUAAUUUUACCUGUUUACUUUUAUCUUUAUUUGAAUUUUUUUUUCAUCAGUCUCAUGAAGCAAUGCAGUUUAACACAUUUAAAAUUUGGGUGAGAAUGUACCUGUAUUUCAAAUAGGACAUUUUUCAAAGUAACAUCCAGAUAACGUACGUUCAGCAUGUAUUUGUAAAUUAUGCCUGUGCAUAAUGGAUUUCACAUGCACAGCUGUCACUGACUUGAGAAUUUUCACUAAUUGAAUUUUAUAGCUGUUGUGAGUGUGAAAAUGUAUGGUUUACUUGUAUGAUUGUCAGUAUCCAUGUUUUUUUAAUACAAUAAACAUACAUGACUGAACUUUGA